UUUGUUCAGUUGACGGUGCAUCGUUCUUGCGGCUCUAAGAGUGAGAGAAGAGGUCGUGGGUGGGAUCAUGAGUGGGGAGCCGUCGCAGACGCCGAUGAAGACCGGCGACCGGAGCAGCGCCAAGAAGGCGAGGGUGGAGUCAUCACCAAGAGAUCAGGUGAAGCUAGAGACGACGACGGGGAAGGAGGAGGCAGCAGCAAGCUGCGGAAGCGGACUGUUGGUCUUGGGAGGGGAUGCCGCCGCCGCUGCGAGGACGGAGGUCGUGGUGAGGAUCGACAGGGACAUGCUCCACUGCCCGCUCUGCACGCUCCCCUUGAAGCCCCCGAUCUUCCAGUGCGGCGUCGGUCACAUGGUUUGCGGCAGCUGCCACGGCCAGCUCUCCACCAACCAGUGCCAUUGGUGCGCCGGCGCCAACGCCUUUUGCCCCGCCAUGGACGCCGUCAUCUCCAAGGUCCUGGUGCCCUGCCCGCACGAGGCAUACGGCUGUCGGGCCUCCCUCGCCUACUACCUGGCGAGCGACCACGGGAGCGCGUGCGCGCACGCGCCCUGCGCCUGCGGGGAGCCCGGCUGCGCGUUCCUGGGCUCGCCGCCGAUGCUCCUCUCCCACCUCGCCGCGGCGCCGCACUGCUGGCCCGUAGACAAGCUCCAGUACGGCGAGGUGCUCCGUAUCCGCGUGCCCGACACCGAGCCGCGCCGCCUGCUCGUCGCGGAGGAGGACGGCGGCGAGCGCGUGUUCGUCCUCGCCGUAGGCGGCGACCGCGCCGCGCGCGUCGUCCCGGUGACGGCGGCGUGCGUGAGGGCGCCCGGCGCGGCGGCGGCCGGGCCGCAGUUCACGUGCAAGAUGUGGGCUACGGGGUGCAAGGCCCCCGCGUCGGGGAAGAUGGAGAGCGUGCUGGUGGACAUGGAGGUGCCGAGCGCGUCCGCUGCCGGCGCGGUGGCGGCAGACGAGGUGGACACGUUCCUGCCGGUGCCGCCCAAGAUGCUCCGCGGCCCGUCCAGUCAGAUGCACCUCAGUGUCCGCAUCGACAAAGUCUGACGGUAGGUCAUGCGCUGUUGAAUCAAGCUCUCUCCUGCAAGCUGCAAAUGGAGUUGACAGCCUUCACUCUUAAGCAUUUUGAUGAUCAUGGACAGUCAUGCACUAGCAUAAUCUGUGUUUAGUUGGGCGAGAGCAACUGAUCUUUUGUGUAACUCGUUCUCAUCAUGCUGCAUAAAUACAACUCUGCAAGUUCAGUUAUUAUUCUUGAUGGGAUCAGUUGUGAUUUCUUCCGCGAUAGUCAGUUAGGAAUAGGAUAGCUCUUUCUGAUAUUGUGCCUUUAUUAUGAUCUUUGUUUUCACAAGAUUGAUCCGGUUGAAGGGCAAGAACAUAAAGUUCCAAUUUCAUUGCUUAGAAA